ACUUUUCUCCCCCCAAUGAAGAGACGUACUUUCCGGAGCAAAGUCAAAUUUGCUGCAAAUUGACCUCCCUAGCCUUCUCAUCUGAAAGAACGGCCUCUUUACAAAAUCAUCAUGCCGUUCAUUGAUUUAGAAAGUAAUUUACCUGAGAGUACGUUUUCUGAGGAUUUCUUGAAAAAACUAUGCUCCAAAACAGCCGCUGUUCUAGGGAAACCCGAAGAGAGAAUGAUGUUGGUGGUGAAACCAGGACUGCCAAUGCUCAUGGGUGGAACUUGUGCUCCUUGCGUGAUACUGUCCGUGUCCGCCAUCGAUGUCACUGACACUGCUGAGAAGAACAAGAAACACAGUGCCAAUAUCUUCCCUUUCCUUACAGGAGAACUUGGACUUACUGAAGACCGGGUCAUGAUCAGGUUCUACGCACUGGAGCCACAUCAGGUUGGAAAGAAAGGAACUGUUAUGAGUUACCUGUAGGAGGAACUUUCUGCGCCAGAAUGACUUCACACAUCUGUUCCACAACAGAUACCAUCGGAGAGAACAAACCCUGGCAGUAGGUUUCCACCACUCAUUUGGACAUGACAUACCAUAUGACAAAGACCUGUAUUGAAUUGUAUCACUUUGGUAUUUGACCCCAUGAAUCCAUGCCCUGGAAAUGCAUGAAUUUAUAUUUACAUAGGGCCACACAUUUGACAAGCUAGAUGAUAUAAGAAUAUAUUCAUGUUUGAUUAGAGGAAAUGUAAACCAAUGGACCUUUAUUCAAAGCUAUUACUAUGUAAUUUCACCUAUUCAUUUCAUAUCUCAACCAUCUGAUAAUGUGGUUGAGAUUUUUUUCCUGCUAUGUUUUGUUAGUAAGAACCACAAUGACUAGCAUAGAUGAUAGACUAGUAUUAACAGUAAAUCUUUUUUUUUAUUUUUUAUUUAAAGUACGUACUGUGCAAUGGAAUUCAGGUAAAUGUCAAUGGCAGCUGUGAAACACCAUUCUAUGCAUUUGUUAAGAGUAUAGAAGUAGAUAAGGACAUACGUGUUGCAUUGGACUAACAUGCACUCUGUAUUUGUGAAGGACUGUGCUUAGUAAAUGUACAUAUAAUGUAUUCCUUUCAAUUUCAGUCCUGUUAAUAUAUAAGUAUCAAGUAAAUGUUGUGAAGGCUUUGCUGUACAAUUAGUCAUACUAGAAGUAAAAGUACUUAAAAUCC